UUUAACGAUUACUUUGGCACUUGGUGCUGAACGUACUCGUAGUGAGUUCAUGCCUCUUUUGACAGAGAAAAUUUAUGAUAGAGAUGAAGUUUUAUUGGCAGUCACCACUUGUAGUUGGACCUGAUCAUGUCUAUUGUUUAUUGUUUUUUUAUCCUAAAGAUAGUAUUAGGUACAGUUAUCAGAAGCUCAAAAUGAAAGCAAGUUGUGAAAAAAAAAAAUAUUUUGAUCUUCUCAACUCUCAAGCAUAUCCUCUUACAGAAGAAACUGAUCGAAAGCUAGUAUAUCUUUUUGAACAAUUACCUUUAGAGGUUAACAAAUCAAACAAUGUAUCAUCUAAUAGAAAAAGCGGAAAUGAAGUAUCAGUUUCCAGUUGUGCAGAAGUUGAAGCAGGUCAUGCUGUGCUUGAUAAUAAUAAUGACGAUAAAGCAAUUGUAAGAGUUAUUGUCAAAAUCUUUUUAAAAUGCUGGGGAAUGUGCCAAGUCGAUAACCAGAUUUUUAUGGACAGAUGAGGAAUUGGGCUGGCAAGAUAUAUAACCCGCUAAUAACCCACGAAGAAUCAUUGGCGGUUACAAUAU